AUAUAAUUUGACAACUCAACAGCUGUUUAAAUGCAAUUUACAAGUUUGUUGUAUAUAGCAAAUAUUUAUAUUUAAGAGUGUUCUAGUUAAACAACUACUAUUAGUAAUUCAUUUGAAAAACGAAUACUUAUACGUAACGGAACACUUAAUUAAUUUGUGCCUUGUUAAAUAUAACAUUUACUAUAUGCAACAAAUGACCUCAUCGUAAUAUACACAUAUACACAAAAAUAUUUUGCAUUAAAAACAAUACACAAAUCAGACAUACAUUUCUAAGAAUACGCCAACAACUUGUCACCACCCACUCAGUAUUAUUAUGAGUGUACGCGGUAAUAGUGAGAAUUGUGUGGAGGAGCCUGUUGCGCCAGAAUGGCUUUCGAAAUUGGAAAGUCGACGCGAAAAUUUACAACGCUCCACAAAGCUGAGUCAUGAAGUGGGUGCCGGUGCACCAUGUGGUGAAUGCGGUGACAAAUGUCCUGGUUUAGAUUUACAUUUUUGGCGUAAAGUAUGUCGUAAUUGCAAGUGUCGCAAGGAUCAGCACAAAUGUGUUGAUGACGAUUUAUCAUCUUGGGCACAGUUUGAGAUUUUGGGACAAAUAUGUUCAAAGCCAGCUUUCAUUAAAAUUAAAGCACUCGCCAGCCAACCCGUACAAGUCGAUUGGGUGCCACCGAACACAACACCAGAUGUUGUUUCCGAUUAUAUGGAGAAAUUAGGCGCGGCCAAAGUGCCGAUUGCGGGCAGUGAUGCGGCACAAAAGCGCAAACAACAAUUGGAAUUCCAAGUGCCGCCGCAUGAUUUGAAUGCGGCGCUGUGCGACAAUCUAACCGAUGCCGAAGCCGCACAACUACAACAGUAUGUGGUGAAGAUACGUGAAAAUUGCGUUGGACAGGGAAUUGUUGUACGCAUUGGCAAUAUGGGUAUCGGUUUUGUUGAGUAUAUAACACCACAACAACAACAGCAGCAACAUAAUAUGCUAACCGGUGUUGAUGCUUACAAUAUGCCAACACAACAAACACCAUUUAAUGCGUCACUAACAAACGAUACAAAUGAUUUAUCCUUCCACUCACCGUUGCCUGUCAAAAAUGCAGCAAAUGCGCGUUUUAGCGCACAAAUGCGUCAAGAAACACCGGCACGUAAAUUGAAAUUCGGCACUUUAUGUAAUUUGGCUAAUAAUUGUGGCCUACCCGUAAAUGUCGAUUACGAACGUGAUGCAAUUUUUGCACAAAUCCUACAUUCUGAACCACUCAAACAGGCGUUUGAGAACAAAUGUAAAGGUUUACCCACAGCAGCGGUGAUCAUUUCCCCCGCACAAAUGUUGCCAGAUUUUAUGAACGCCUCAAUUUUGGGUCCAGCUACAAAACAGAAACUCAAAGAUAUUGGUGUAAAUGUGAAAGCAGUGCAAAGUGCCUUACUAAAUAGUCCAUUUUAUGAUGCACUCUACGAUACGCUUAAGCAAAAUGAUAUCCGAUUUGAUGAAUGUCGCGUUUUAGCACCGAUACAAGCGCUCAGAGAAGAAUUGCUCGUAAAUAGACCUGUCGCUGAGGAACUGAGUAGUUUUGUAACACAAUUGCCCAACAGCGCGGCCAUAAUGUAUACAAGUCCCACAGAGAACAACUUAGGCAAGUGCGGACUGAGUGGUUCCAGUAGCAAUGAUUCUGGCUUUGGUUCAAAAGCCUCAACACCGGUAGGUGGUGCUGACAUGCUGACUGCUGCUGUCCUACCAAGUGCCUUCCAACAAAUGCGUCUAACUAAUAAAGAGCAACCACCAACGCCAAUCGUGAAUUGUCGUGAUUGCGCUAAACCAAUACCAUUGGGUGAGGUCGCAGUGAAAGCCGAACGCGCUGGCAAAGAAAUCGCCUGGCAUCCCGAGUGUUUCAAGUGCUAUACAUGUCGUGAAUUAUUAGCGGAUCUCGUGUAUUUCUUUCACGGUGGUCAAGUGUAUUGUGGUCGUGAUUUAGCCAUUAAUUUGAAAAUACCGCGUUGCAAAGCAUGCGACGAAUUAAUAUUCACUAAGGAGUAUACGGCGGCCGAAGGUGCCACCUUUCAUAUCAAACAUUUUUGUUGCUAUCAUUGCGAUACACCCCUGGCUGGGCAACAAUAUAUACCCGAUGAGAAGACCAAUAUGCCGUUAUGUUUGAAAUGUUACAAUGAGUUCUUUGCGGCCACUUGCCAACGUUGUAAUCGUCAAAUUGAGCCAACCGAUCAGGGUGUCGCCUGGGGUGAUGUACAUUGGCACAGCGCGUGCUUCAUUUGUGCUGGCAUCGAUUGUGGCAAAUCAUUGAUUGGUGGACGUUUUUGUGUGAAACAGAAAAUGCCUUUUUGCAGCCCAACUUGUGUGCGUAGUAUUAUAUAAGAUCAUUUUUUUUUUACAAACAAACAUACAUAUAUAUAUUUAUACAGCUAAGUAUUUAACUAUCAACGGAAGUAUUCAACACAAGACGAACAAUUACAAUUCCUAUUUAAAAUGCAUUUUAUAUUUACAUACAUACAUUCAUGCAUAUACAUAUUUUUAUAAAAUAUACCGUAUUUUUUAUAUGUACGCCAGUUUAUAUGCACAUUUUAAAGUGCCACGAAAUAUACUUAUACACAAUGUUUACUGUCUGCUUAAAUUUGAGUGUUUUUUUUAACAAAAAAGUUGAAAAUUUGGAUCAGGUUCAUUUUCGUGAAAUUGCUAUCAUUCGCUACAAAAUAGUAUGGCGCCGAAAAGUAUGCUUCCAUUAAAUUUUUACUAUUUUCAUCGCUUUUAAGCGUACUUAUUAGUCUUCCUGAACAGGUCCACUAGCAUGUAAAGUAUGCUUCCAUUAAAUUUUUACUAUUUUAAGAGCAGUUAAGCAUACUAACUAGUCUUCCUGAACAACUCCGCCAUUCGUUGUUCUUGGUUUUUGUAAUUGUAGCGAGAAUCUCGAACUUCUGAUCGGAAUUGAGCCGAUUUUAUUUGACCAACGAACUCACCUCACUAUUUAGUAGUCAGUUGUUGUUGUUUUAACGAUCAUCCAGCCCAGCUGAAACGGAAAGUACAAGAACAACCGGUUCUACACUAUCAGAAUUGACACCAAGUGCUGUGCUGUUUCGACAAUCUAAUCUAUUUGAAUCGAUAAGUUUUAGUAAUUUCAGUAAAAUUAAAUCAAGUUAAGUAAAACACAAUUGCCUAUAUUUAUACUUCAGUUAUUCAUCGAGAGCGUUUAUUUUUAGAGCUUUUAAAUACAUUUUUGUUUGUGUGUGUUUUUAAAAAAAUAUUUUAUAAGCGAAAAAAUCACAUAAUUUCCAGUAUUAUGCCGUACUCACAUCACACAUACAUACACAUACGUACAUACAUACAUAAUAUACACGCACACACAAAACAUACGCGCAUUCCACGAAUUCGUAUUUAUGUACAUAAGUACGCAUGCGCGAUGCCAUUCAUCAUUUCGUUGCAAGCCGCUUCGUUACGUUGCUACUUCUGCUACUCCCACUACGACGAGUCAGACAGCAUAAUAAAUGAAUUUGCAUUGUUUGUGGAACUACAAUAUUUUAGAUUUAGGAUUUCUAAUUGUUACAUAUUCAGGUCGUGAAAUCAACAUUAUAUAACUGGUUGUUGUUGUUGUUACAUAUUAUAUUUAGUAGUAGUAGUCAUCCAAGGCGUACCAGCUGAGGUGAGAAACGCCAAAAAAACAUACGAAUUCAUGCAGUUCAGUUAGAUAUAAGUAUGUAUGUAUAGAGCUGCUGAGCGCUGCUGGUCAGUCGCUUGAUAGUAAAUUUGAACUUAACUAACUUAACAUACAUACAUAUGUAUGAAUAUAUGGUAUGUAUGUAUGUAUAUACUAUGUAUAU